UGAAUUUCAAAGUGUAUAUAUAUAAUAUGUAUAUAUAUCAGUGUAUUUCCUCAAAAAUAUGCUUCAUAGUAUGAUGCAUGUGUUCUGCUCCUAAAAGUAUGAUUAAUAUUUAUGUUUUACUAAUUAUAUUUAAUUAUUACUUCAGGAAAUAGGGAGAAUCCAUGCUUUUACCCAUGGUUAGCAAGAAGGUUUUACCUAGGGUUCUGGUCACUUGGCGUUCUCUGUGCUGUUGCAACUAAGCUGCUGCCAUGUUCUGAAGUAGGUAAUUCAGAGCUACACUAGGAUUAUCUACAAGAUAUCAGCAUAACUGGACUGUGGAGGGGAUGAAACUUCUUCAUUCGUCAGGAUACAUUACUAUCUUGAGCAGUGAGCUCUAUUUUAGUGCACUUUGUAUAUUUGAUUUGGCACAAUAAUUCAACAAAUUUGAGUAUUAACGUAAUGGCUGUUAAGUAUUUUAAUACAAAAUAAGAUGGAAAAUAAGGACUUCAAAUGGGAUGAAAGGAAUGCCAUUCCUAACUGAGAUUUGCUCCACUUAUAUAGCAGCUGUUUACUGAACCUUCUGCACUGAGGUCUGGCCUGCCUGCUUGAAAGGAGAGGAGGGGCCAGGCAGCUUGCCCAUAGUUUUGAAGAUGUUAAAUGACAGAAGGAUGCAGAAAAAGUGUGUUUUUUUUUUUUUUUUUUUUUUUACUGUGAAAUUUUCCUUUAAAAUCUGUCUAUUUUACAAGACCAAACCGCCCUCAUAGCAUCCUCAUAUGGCAGAUAUGGCUAUCCUGCUUCAUAAUAGCUCUGUUCUCCCUGAGGGCAUUUGCCUCAAAUUAGGAUGUCACUCCCAUGAAUGAAGAAGGCAAGUGCUUCUCAGCUUUAUAGCAAAUGCUGCCAAUAACUCUGAGUGAGUGGGGGUGGACCCAGUCUUUAUUUGCAAAGGUAUUUUCACCUCCUGGAAAAUCUUACAUUUACUUUACAGAGAACAAGAGUUAUUUCUAAUCUGUUCGGAAAAAAUGCUUUUUUACUCACACGUGAAAGACUGUUGUCCAAGUGUUUGAGUACUGGAUAAAAGUGCAGGAGAUGCUCUGAUUACUCUUGAAGUUGUUGUCACACCCACUUCCUCAUGGAGAUAAAGUGACCCUUUCAAGUUUGGCAUGUAUUGUCCUUGAGGACAUAUAGGUUUGGGAAAGUGUUAGAUUUUAAUAGAUUUCCUCUGAAAAUACUCUGAUGGGCUGUUUGUUUUAAGAAGACAGUUUACUUGGAAGCAGUAAUUUCUGGCUUUUUGGGAGGUCCAAGUCCAGGGUGUGUCAAGCUCACCCUGCCAGCUCUGACUGAGGAGUUGGUUCUCUUCAGCAGUAAGCUGGAGGUAGCAGCGGAGUUUAAGGAGUGGUUAUAUGUACAAAAGCACAAUAGCCAGAGAUCUUAAAAUCUUUGGGAGAAGGCAGUGAUUUCACAGUUUCCAAUGCUAUCUUCUCUUCUGUUUACUAUUAUUUCUUUAUUUUUUUUCUUUCCUACUGUAGAAUUCACAUCAGCCUUACCAGAAGGAGAGGCAUUUCGGCUCUCCAGCCUCCACAGACUGGAAAUUUUGCUGUUUCAUUGUCAUCAGCGAAUAAUUGUGGUAUCUCUUUGCUUUAGCAAACUGGAAAAUGGAAAUGAAGAGAAAUACAACAAAGUUCAUGUGGCUGUUGAUGAUCUUUUUUGAUACUGUGCCAUUAAGUUAUGAGAAAUCAAUGAGAGAGAGAGCUAUUGAGCUGAUGCAAGAUGCACGUUUAAUUGAUGGCCACAAUGACUUUGUACUGCAACUGAGAAUACUUUACCAAAAUAGAAUCAGUAGAGUCAAUUUAAGAGAACUCAACAAGACCCACACAAACUUUGUGAAACUUCAGGCUGGUUACGUGGGAGCUCAGUUUUGGUCAGUGUAUGUUCUUUGCAGCGCUCAGAACAAGGAUGCUGUGCGUCUGACUUUAGAGCAAAUUGAUGUUGUCAAGAGGAUGUGUAACAGCUAUGAAGAGCUGGAACUUGUGACAACUUCCCAAGGUAUCUCUGAAAGUAGAAGGAUUGCGUGUUUGAUUGGAAUAGAAGGUGGCCACUCCAUUGACAGCAGUUUGGCAACGCUGAGGAUGUAUUAUGACUUGGGUGUUCGUUACAUGACUUUAACACAUUCCUGCAAUACGCCUUGGUCUGAAUCAUCAUCUAAAGGAAUACACAACUUUUAUCCUAAUGUUAUUGGUCUGACUCCAUUUGGCCAAGAAGUGGUAAAGGAGAUGAAUCGCCUUGGUAUGCUGAUAGAUUUAUCUCAUACUUCAUAUUCCACAGCAAAAGCUGUACUGAAUAUCUCAAAAGCACCAGUAAUUUUCAGCCAUUCAUCAGCAUUUUCUGUUUGUAAUCACUCAAGAAAUGUCCCUGAUGAUAUCCUCCAGGAACUGAAAAAGAACAAGGGAAUUAUCAUGGUGACUUUCAAUGCAGAUGUACUGGCCUGUGGCAGAAACGUUGUUAAUAUUUCUACCCUUGCAGAUCAUUUUGACCACGUGAAGAAAAUUGCAGGUUCGGAAUCAAUAGGAAUUGGUGGUGACUAUGACGGAGUGGCACGUUUCCCCGAGGGAUUGGAAGAUGUCUCUAAAUACCCUUCUUUGAUUGAGGAACUUCUUAGAAGAGGAUGGAAUGAAACUGAACUGAAAGGAGUGUUAAGGGAGAACUUCCUCCGUGUCUUCAGGGAAGUGGAAAAUGUGCAGAACAUUAGUGGAGUAAUGGACGUAGGUGAAAGUGAAACUCUACAAGAAGUACAAAAUUCCUGUCGCCUCGACCUACAUAAUCCUCGGAUUGAGCCAGCCAGGUCCUUUGUAUUUCCUUCUGUGGCACAACCCUUUAGUCUGACACUUGUAUCGUGUUUAAUGCUGUAUUAUGAAUCAUAAGGUCUAUGAAGUCUAGAGAGAGAUUUAUGGAGUAAUUUGCAAUGCAGCUCGUUAUCUUUUUGUAUUUUCUUAAUAUGUAAGUAUAGCUUUAUACUAAAUUUUCAAUAUAAUUUCUACAAAGUCACCUGCAAACUUGAAAAUUAAUGUAAAUUUUAAAAGAUGUAUCAAAAGCAUUUAUAAUUUGAAGUGAUACUGUAUCAUCUUGGCUAGACCAGGACCAACAUUGUUAAUAGAAUUUAUUCAGAUCUAAUGAAUUCUGUAAUACACAAUACAUAGUUUUGGCACCUGUAUUGUGGCACUUGCUAUAAAUACUGGAGUACAGAAUCAGCAGUUCCACACAGGAAUUAGAGAUUAUGAUUAAGACAGAUAUGCCAAGAUGUUUUCAGAUAUUACUUUUUCUUAAAUCGU